CCAUCCUCAAUCUCCUGCAGCUCAUCCAAGGAAAAGCCUCGUGACGUCGCCUUCAUCCUGCAGGAGCCGGAUAUCCGCCAUGACCGGAAAAAUCCCAUAUUUGGGCAUUCUUAGCAGGAGCAAUGGCAGCUUACAUUGUAUGUGAACGGCUAGCUUGAUGCUGAAUAUUGAGUGUUAAUGAUCGACUUUUAGACAUUUUCAGCCCACGAUCGAGACGGAUAAGUGGUGGAUUGCAACGGAUAUAUAUUUUUUAAAAUGUCAAAAAGCAAAUGCUAGUGACUGAUCCGUCAAACCACUACGACUUAGCACGGCUUUAGCAUCCCCGAGACCGUUGGUGUAUUUUUUUCCGCUAUUCGUAACCCCCCGACGCGCUCACGGUAUCAGCCGCUCUCCAUGCCCGAGCAAGGCCCGAGAAUGAACAGUUUCUCCCUCGGUGAGUUGUGCUGGCUCUUCUGCUGCCCGCCCUGUCCGAGUCGCAUCGCGGCCAAGCUGGCGUUCCUGCCGCCCGAGCCCACGUACUCCGUCCACACGGACGCGAGCGGCGCGACCAGCCUGCAUCUCACCGAGCGCGCCGACUGGCAGUACUCGCAGCGCGAGCUCGACGCCGUGGAGGUGCUCGUGACCCGAACCAGCCGCGGGAACCGGGUCGGCUGCAUGUUCGUCCGAUGCGCGCCCACUAGCCGCUACACGCUGCUUUUCUCCCACGGGAACGCCGUGGAUCUGGGCCAGAUGUGCAGCUUCUACAUCGGCCUCGGGUCCAGGAUCAACUGCAAUGUGUUCUCCUAUGAUUACUCGGGUUAUGGGGUCAGUACCGGGAAACCGUCCGAGAAGAACCUGUACGCGGAUAUCGAGGCGGCCUGGCAGGUGCUGAGGAACAAGUAUGGAGUGACCCCAGAAAACAUCAUCCUGUACGGUCAGAGUAUAGGGACGGUGCCGACGGUAGACCUGGCGUCCCGGUACGAGUGCGCGGCAGUGAUCCUUCACUCUCCCCUCAUGUCCGGCUUGCGUGUGGCCUUCCCCGACACCCGCAAAACUUACUGCUUCGAUGCCUUCCCAAGCAUCGACAAAGUCUCAAAGGUGGCGUCUCCGGUCCUGGUCAUCCACGGCACAGAAGACGAGGUGAUCGAUUUCUCCCACGGCUUGGCCAUCUACGAGCGAUGUCCACGUGCCGUGGAGCCUCUGUGGGUGGAGGGCGCCGGACACAACGACAUCGAGCUGUACGCCCAGUACCUCGAGAGACUCAAGCAGUUCAUCACGUUCGAGCUGGCUACCUCCUGAAGACACGGCGCGGCGCGGCAGGCCGAGGCGCACACACUCGCACGUGUCGUGUAGGGUUCCCCUUAACCCAGGGCUGAGGACGCCAUCAGUACUUGCACUUGCUGAAGAAAAAAGUUGAUCUCUUGAUCUUUAGGAGCGGGGCGUUUUCAUCUCUAGAGGGGAGACGCGUUUUAAUGAUUUCAAACCACUUUCUAUUCUUUUAUACUUGAUGAAGAAACACUGAAGAUUUGCACCGCGCCCAGUACGUUGCGUUUUGAUUUAAACAUUUUCUUCCUUUUUUUUUUUUUUUUUUUUUAAAUGCACUUCAUGCGUUAAUUAAACCGAUGCACUUUUAUUGUGCAGAUAUUUUCAGGUUGAUAUAUUUUUGUUUUCAAUGAUCUUUUUUUUUUUUUUUGUAGGGGCGGGAAUUAUGUCAUAGCAUUCCAUUUUAUUACAUUUCAAGUAGAUUAGUGCAAGAUAAACAAGUGAGUGACUUUUUACAUGGUGUGGGUGUGUGUGUGUGUGUUUAGGCGCGUUUAUACGCACACGCGUUUGUGUGGCAAAGGCCUCUGACUCUUCGGUCGAAAUAAUUGUAGCUUGGGCUAAUUAAAACGGGAAGACCUGUGAAAGUGGCUUGACCCGUGAAUAAUGAAGAUGUACUGUCCGUGACUGGGAAUACAGUGGGAAGGGGGGCGUCGUAUUGUCUUUUCAGCGGGAAACAUGGUGCUUUGUUGCAGCACAGCAUUCAGGGCAUUGUUUCUGCGUAAACACUACAUCGUUUUAACCGUGGGUUGUAUAAAAAAUGUGAAAUUUUCAAGCUUUCUCUGUUGCUUUUAGCAUUGGCGUUACAAUAAGCCUUAUGUUCUCAGACAUUUCGCUCCGACAUUCCUGUCAGUGAUUUCUCGGAAAUGGGAUUUUGAAGAUUUUCUCUGGGCUCCCGCUCGCUGCUACUCCAAUGGGAAAAUCACUGUGAAAACUGAACCUUCACUAGAUAUGAAUAAGGUACAACACCACCUCUCCAUGUUGAACUUUAUCCCCUCUUCCACACAAAUCACAAAACCCGGUCCCUCACACGCGGACUGAAGGACUGUGUUUGUAGACAUUUCACAACGGAAUGCUUGGAAGCGUUUUCCAUGCUAAUGAAGGACGUCGACUGCUAUCAAACUGGUGCGAUCAUCUGAUUGUAUGUUCGUUCACUUGACUUGUCUUUUGCUGUAAGGUUAUGCGGUGGCGGUUCAUGUAUGCUGUUGUUCAGAGAUGAAGCUCUCUUCCAUGCUUGACCUCAGUGGACUUGAGACUCUUUUUAAGGAAUGGCUGAAACUGAUCACAUCUGAGCCCGUCAUUGCUUUUGAUACUGACGUUUUUACAAUGUUUUUUUUUUUUUUUUUUUAGUAAUUAUUAAUAUUUACACCUCUUUUAAUGCUGGUUUGUAAGAUAACUACUGUACACCCUCUCUCUCUCUAUAUAUAUAUGUAUAGGUAUCUAAAAUCUGAAGUAAAUGGUAUUUAGCUUUGAUUUUUAUUGACACUGGAAUCACAGUAUGCAAAUAUAAUGCAGAAAAAUCUAGUUGGUACAGACAUUUUUGCUUGUAGAAUUUGUUUUUUUUUUUUUUUUUUUUUUUUUUUAACAACAAUCUUUAAAGCCUUAAAUGUGCUGCAAGACAGAUUAUUGUUCUUUCUGUUGGUGGUUGCUUCGUUGCAACACAGUGGAUAUUGUACUGAUUAUAAAGGAAUAAAGGAUGCAUGGAAACCCAAA